AUGCUGCUGCAUGUGAUUCAGAAAGUCAGGACCGUCCUGACGGCGGGUAAUUCUGCGUACACAGUUGCAGCAUUGGUCCUAUCACUCGCCUCCAUUAUCGUUGGCUUGCUAUGGACUACACCAAGCUUCAAGACGUGGCGCCAGCUACGAAAUCUGCGUCGCGUCAAGCCCAAGAAGAAGAAUAUGAAGGACCAGUACGAUGACAAGUACGCCAUACCAGAAGGGACGCCUACCGACGGACCAGUGACCAUCAAGGCCAUCUUCAUCCACCCCAUCAAGUCGUGCGCCCCUGUUGAGGUAGACAAGGCCGUGGUCACGAAGGCCGGGCUUCUCUACGACAGGUGCUUCGCUUUUGCGGUUGACGCCGAGGACAAGAAGUCGGACGAGAAGAAGAGCACGCUGCAGUUCAUCAGCCAACGCACCAAGCCCAAGAUGUCGCUCAUCCACACCGAGCUGUGGCUCCCGCGGGAAGGCGGCGACGUCAAAGACCCCCUGGUCCACGCCGGCGGCGCCCUACGCAUCACGUUCCCGGACCCCGAGCGUCCGACCCUCACGCGGCGCCUGCAAGCCUGUCUCGAGCAGCUGCGCUGGAACGCCACGCCGCGGUACUCCUUCGUCGUCCCGCUCACGCCCACCAUCCGGUACCUGCGCGAGUCGGACCUGCAGCCGCGACCGUUCACCAUCCACUCCCGCGAGGCGCAGGGCGUCGACAUGGGCCGCCUCGCCGCCGUCGCCGCCGCCGUCCCGCGACUCAAGGCCCUCCUCGGGUACCCCGACCGCCGCACGCUGACGCUCCUCCGGUGCACGCCGGACACGCUGACGCGCACGGACCGCAACCUCGCGCCGCUCGCGCGCAUCGGCUCGCGCGCGGUCCACGGCUACACGGACCAGCAGCCGGUCAACGUCAACAGCGUGGCGUCGGUGCACGCCGUGUCGCGGCUGCUGCCGCGGGAGAACAGGCCGCUGGACGCGUUGCGCUUCCGGGCGAACCUGUGGAUCGCGGGCGCGGCCGCGUACGACGAGGAGUCGUGGAAGCGGUGCCGCGUGGUACCCCGGCAGCGCCGGAGGGAAGGGGCGAAGUUGGCGACGACGCUGUCGGUGGUGUGCCGCACGUCGAGGUGCACGAUGCCCAACGUGGACCCGGAGAGCGGCACGUUCUCGGCGGAGAGGCCGGCGGAGGGGAAGAAGAAGGGGCUGCCGCAGCCGACGACGGCGCUGGUGAGGCAUCGCAUGGUGGAGAGCGGCAACGGCGCGGCGCUGGGAUACCUGGGGAUGCACGCGGUGCCGGAGGACAGGGACCUGGACGCAGCGCGGGAGGGGCUGGUGAAUCUGGAGAUUUGCGUCGGGGAUGAGGUUGAGGUGCUGGAGCGAGGGGAGCACCUGUACGGCUCGACGGGAGAUUUGUACUAA